UUCUCGCCGCGGCCCGCCUCGCGGCUGCCUCCGACGUGCUAGGACUCAGGGACGACAACUUGGAGAGUCGCAUCUCCGACACGGGCUCUGCGGGCCUCAUGCUCGUCGAGUUCUUCGCCCCCUGGUGUGGACACUGCAAGAGACUUGCUCCUGAGUAUGAAGCUGCAGCUACCAGAUUAAAAGGAAUAGUCCCAUUAGCAAAGGCUGAUUGCACUGCCAACACUAACACCUGUAAUAAAUAUGGAGUCAGUGGAUAUCCAACCCUGAAGAUAUUUAGAGAUGGUGAAGAAGCAGGUGCUUAUGAUGGACCUAGGACUGCUGAUGGAAUUGUCAGCCACCUGAAGAAGCAGGCAGGACCAGCUUCAGUGCCUCUCAGGACUGAGGAAGAAUUUAAGAAAUUCAUUAGUGAUAAAGAUGCCUCUAUAGUAGGUUUUUUAGAUGAUUCAUUCAGUGAAGCUCACUCCGAGUUCCUAAAAGCAGCCAGCAACUUGAGGGAUAACUACCGAUUUGCACAUACGAAUGUUGAGUCUCUGGUGAACGAGUAUGAUGAUAAUGGAGAUGGUAUCAUCUUAUUUCGUCCUUCACAUCUCACUAACAAGUUGGAGGACAAGACUGUGGCAUAUACAGAGCAAAAAAUGACCAGUGGCAAAAUUAAAAAGUUUAUCCAGGAAAACAUUUUUGGUAUCUGCCCUCACAUGACAGAAGACAAUAAAGAUUUGAUACAGGGCAAGGACUUAGUUAUUGCUUACUAUGAUGUGGACUAUGAAAAGAAUGCUAAAGGUUCCAACUACUGGAGAAACAGGGUAAUGAUGGUGGCAAAGAAAUUCCUGGAUGCUGGGCACAAACUCAACUUUGCUGUAGCUAGCCGCAAAACCUUUAGCCAUGAACUUUCUGAUUUUGGCUUGGAGAGCACUGCUGGAGAGAUUCCUGUUGUUGCUAUCAGAACUGCUAAAGGAGAGAAGUUUGUCAUGCAGGAGGAUUUCUCGCAUGAUGGGAAUGCUCUGGAGAGGUUCCUGCAGGAUUACUUUGAUGGCAAUCUGAAGAGAUACCUGAAGUCUGAACCUAUCCCAGAGAGCAAUGAUGGGCCUGUGAAGGUAGUGGUAGCAGAGAAUUUUGAUGAAAUAGUGAAUAAUGAAAAUAAAGAUGUGCUGAUUGAAUUUUAUGCCCCUUGGUGUGGUCACUGUAAGAACCUGGAGCCCAAGUAUAAAGAACUUGGCGAGAAGCUCAGCAAAGACCUGAAUAUUGUCAUAGCCAAGAUGGAUGCCACAGCCAAUGAUGUGCCUUCUCCAUAUGAAGUCAGUUUUCCUACCAUAUACUUCUCUCCAGCCAACAAGAAGCUAAAUCCAAAGAAAUAUGAAGGUGGCCAUGAAUUAAGUGAUUUUAUUAGCUAUCUACAACGAGAAGCUACAAACCCCCCUGUAAUUCAAGAAGAAAAACCCAAGAAGAAGAAGGCACAGGAGGAUCUCUAAAGCAGUAGGCAAACACCACUUUGUAAAAGGACUCUUCCACCAGAGAUGGGAAAACCACUGGGGAGGACUAGGACCCAUAUGGGAAUUAUUACGUUUCAGGGCCGAGAAGACAGAAUGGAUAUAAUCUGAAUCCUGUUAAAUUUUCUCUAAGCCAUUUCUUAGCUGCACUGUUAUGGAAAUACCAGGACCAGUUUAUGUUUGUGGUUUUGGGAAAAAUUAUUUGUGUUGGGGGAAAUGUUGUGGGGGUCGGGUUGAGUUGGGGGUAUUUUCUAAUUUUUUUGUGCAUUUGGAACAGUGACAAUAAAUAAGACCCCUUUAAACUGUAAAAAAGAAAAAGAAGAAGAAGAAAAGUGGUAAAAUAGGAAUGCCGUCCAUGGUUUACUUAAUCGUAUAAUAUCAGUGUUCAUUUUCUUAUUUUGAUAAUUGUCAUAAUGUUGUGUGAAAUAUUCUCUUUAGGGAGCCUGGGAAAGAAUAUAUAAGAACUCUACUAUUUUUGUAACUUUUGUGGAGGACUGAAAUCAUUUCUAAAUAAAUAGUCUUAAAAAUAACUAAAGUAAUAAAAAUAAUAAAGUACAUGAGGAAGUCCAGUGUCAUGUUGUAUAGUCAGAAGAUUCUUCAAAUGAGAGAAUUUGCACCCAGGGAAAUAGAGAAAAAAGACUCUGAAAAGAACUUUUUUUGUUUGGUUGGUUUUUGUGUUUUUUUUUGAGACGGAGUCUUGCUCUGUUGCCAGGCUGGAGUGCAUCGGCACGAUCUCAGCUCACUGCAACUUCCACCUCCCAGGUUCAAGCAAUUCUCCUGCCUCAGCCUCCUGAGUAGCUGGGACCACAGGUGCGUGCCACCACGCCUAGUCAAUCUUUGUACUUUUUAGUAGAGACGGGGUUUUGCCAUUCCGGCCAGGAUGGUUUCGAUCUCUUGACCUCGUGAUCCACCCGCCUUGGCCUCCCAAAGUGCUGGGACUACAGGCAUGAGCCACUGCGUCCGGCCUGAAAAGAGCCUUAAAAUAAGUUUAUUUAAAAUUCUCAGAGAAAGGAAGAUGCCAGUUUGAACACACCCCAGCUCCAUGCCAUUUCUCACCCCUACCCACCCAAUUUUCACAAGUCAGAAGCUAUUGGUACUAGCAGAUUAAAUAGAGUACAAUAAAGGCCUAAGGAUCAGUGAGCGGCCUGACAGAACAGAUACAGGUCCACCUCUCCUUUUGACUAAAUCAAACUUUACCAUACAUCAAAAUUAUCUAGAGGGUCAAAUAUGCAGAUUGCUGGUCUGUGUACCCAGAGUUUCUGAUUCUAUAAGUCUGGAGUGGGGCCUGAGGACUUGUGUCAAGUACAAGGCUGAUGUUUCUGCCUCAAGGACCACAUUUUGAGAAACGCGGCCUAGACAAGGGUCUAGAGACGAGUAUUCAAGAUCCCCAGUAAAUGGCAUUGUGCAGAAAGGAGUUUGCUGACUCUUAGAACCAUAAUAAUGCUUCGCCAUACCUAAAAAAUAAACAAUUAAAAUCAACUAGGAUGUGUGGGAACAAGUCUCUCAUACAGAAUUCCAAAUAAUUUAUGUAGCUAUUGCCCCCUCAAGGAAUUAGAGCACAACUCCAUGCUUGUGACUGCUUUAGCUUGCAAGUUUGGCCCAUGGGUGGGAUUUGGGAACUUGGAUUUUGGGAGGUUUCUUACCACCUUAACUGAUAAGAGUGGCUCACUUUUUUAAAACUGUUUGUACAAACAAUGUGAUUUAUGCUGAACACUUGCUUUUCUUCUGGGAGUCUGGAAUUCUGAUAUGUGCUAAGCAGAGGGUGCCUAUGUGACUAGCCCCAACUAAAAACCUCAUCACAGAGUGAAGAUAUAUGAAAGUCUUUUGAUUGUUUCCAUUUUCUUAGAGGAAAAAAAGAGAAGAUGAUUAGCUGACUGUGAGGAAAGGAGACAACAUAUUUGAGGUUUGAGGAGAUAGGUUAUAUGCAGUAAUCAACUAGAAAGGUGGGACAGAGAAUUGUCUAGAAAAAUGAAGUAUGAUUGGCAGUAGCACUGAAGGUCUACCUAUGUUCAGUGGUUAUGAAUUUCAGAAAAGGCAAGUCACCAUACUAGUAUUUUUCUCUUGUCAUGUUUAGCUGUUUUGAUGCAGGCAGAUAACCAAAAUGAAGUUUAGCUAAGCAAGUAUGGAGGAGAGCAACAAAGGAAUUGAGAGUGCGUGGUAGGGUGUGAUUAUAAUGUUGGGCCAUGCAUUUUAAAUGAGGUGGGCUGGGAAAUGAAGACAGCAGGUUGAUGGGCAGCCCAGUGGAGUCAAAGAACUGCUGGAGUUGGAGUACCAGAGUGAAUGAACUGAAAAGGUAGGAGAGAGUUUUAGAGAGUGGGAUGCUUGAAAUUGAGACUUUAGUGGUGUUGUGGUUAUUCGUGACAAUGUCUUAGAUAUGUCCAUGUGGGUAUAGGUAGUUGAGAUGAGGCAGAUUAUAAAAUCACUGGAGUAAGAAGAUCACAUAACUAAAAGGCCAGAUAGCAGAGUGUUAGAGAUCUACCUCAACAUUCAUUCUCUCUUCCUUCUUAAUAACAGAACCUUGAUUUUUUUUCCUGAGGUAUUGCCUCUCUGUAUAAAGACACAUUUUGUAGUCUCCCUAGUAGCUAGAUAAGUAACUAAGUUCCUCCAAUAAGACUAAGUGAAAAUGUUAUGUGGAACUUUUGUAAAGUCUCCUUAAAAGAAAAGGGGUGUGCCAUUGUUACAUUUCUCCUUCCUUCUGUGUAGGAUGUCCAUAUAAUGGCUAUAGCUACAGUGGGCCAUCUUGGACCAUGAAGUAUAAGGUCCACAUGCUGAAGAUAGUGGAGCAAAAAGAGAAGCUGAAGAACUGUUAUAUCAUCUCAGGACUAUCUACUUCCAGACUUUUUUAAUAUAAGAGGAAAAUAAACUUAAAUCUUAUUUAAGUCAUUGUUAUUUGAGGUUUUUCUGUUAAAUGUAGCUGAAGCUAAUCCUGACUAAGACAUUGGAUUGGUGAAAGUAUUACCUACAUCAAUGUUAAAACCAACUACAGGAGUAGUUUUAUAUUAUAGCGAGGCAGAGAGCUUGGUGCUAAAAUCUUUACUGAAUGAAGGGGAGUCAACAAUUCUGCAAAUAAUUUCAAUCAGAAGUUAUGGGUGCAUCAAAGGAGCUGGGGCAUUUGGGAAAGCAAGGCAGAACAGCAGUGAAAUGAGGGUCAAGGAUGACAUAUAUAUACCCUACCUUCUUUCUUGUACCAAGAUCUUGGCUUGUUAUGUCUUAUGUUUGAUUGAGGAAAUGAAUUAUAGACGAGGACAUAUCACUUGUGUUUUAAACCACAACUAAACAUUAAAGAUAACAUACCAGGCCGGGCGCGGUGGCUCACACCUGUAAUCCCAGCACUUUGGGAGGCCGAGGUGGGUGGAUCAUGAGGUCAGGAGAUCGAGACCAUCCUGGCUAACACGAUAAAACCCCGUCUCUACUAAAAAUACAAAGAUUAGCCAGGCAUGGUGGCGGACACCUGUAGUCCCAGCUACAUGGGAUGCUGAGGCAGGAGAAUGGCGUGAAGCCGGGAAGCAGAGCUUGCAGUGAGCCGAGAUGGCGUCACUGCACUCCAGCCUGGGCGACACAGCGAGACUCUGUCUCAAAAAAAAAGAUAACAUACUGAUUCAGAUCAAUGACUCAGAACAGUUUUUGGAAGAACAUGCUUGUCCUGCAGACAUUUCAAAAUGUUAAUCACCCUUUAAUCUCCUUCGUCACUUUUUCUAAAAGAAUUAUUCACUGUUUGAUUUAAUCCUUUAAAAGUCAUGUAUUUACCUCCCAUAUUGAAUGUAUUCAUUUAAUUAAUUAAUUCUUAACUUACUGAGGUCUUACUAUGUUUCAGCCACUACAUUAGGCACUAGGAACACACAGAUUAAGUACAAAAUGUAUUCCUUCGAGGAGUUUACUAGUUCAAGGAGGAAACAGGUGAGAGAACCAAAUAUUGUUAUAUAUUAUGAUAAGGCUAUUCAUAAAAUGUAAUUGAGAAGAACACUAGUUGUAAUGAGAGCACAGAGGAAGGUGACCUAUUUCAUACUGAGGGUCAGGAAGAUAUUCCCUGAAGAGAAAACAGAUGACCUGAAUCUGGACGAUGGUAUAGGUGUUAGCCAGCUGGGCCAGUGGAGAAUUUAUCAAGAGGAAAGUACAGCACAAGAAUGUGUAUAAAAGCAUGGGAAAACUUGGCAGUCUUAGAAAUUCCAUUAGGCAAUCUGGAGGUUGUUUAAAUGCUGUAUUACUCCUAACAAAAGUAACAGGCCCAGUAUUAAGUAAAAUAAUCUUAUUUAUGAAUGUACAUGACAUCAACAUAUCAUAAAUUUGCUAGUGGGGUCUGCUGGGUUAAUGUGCACAGCUUCAAGAAAGAACAUAUCUAAGUGAUUUUAAGAAGUUGUGUAUUUUGACUUUAUAUCACCAUUUUACAUUCUCUAUAAUUAUAGUCUAUACUUACUCAGCAAAGGAAGCAAAACUGCUGAAUUAAGUUACAUUAUGCAUUAUUAAAGCAACUUAAUUUGUGGAGAAAUCAUAGAAAAACACAGUAAUUUGAAUGACUUGUACUAGCCAGUAUUCCUCCUCUGAGAAAAUUCUGCCAGACCAUAGCUCUGGGUCAAAUCCUGAGCCAAAAAAUAAUAAUAAUAACUCCACAUUUCUUUUUAUUUUUAAAUUUUAUAAGAGUUUUAGAUUUAAGAAAAGUUGCAAAAAUAGUACAGCAUUCUCAUGUACCCCACAUCCAAUUUCCUUUAUUGUUGACAUUUUACAUUCCUCUGGUACAUUUGUCACAACUAAUAAACCAAUAUUGAUACAUUAUUAACCAAAAUGCAUACUUUAUUAAUAUUCCCUUAAUUUUUACUUAAAGUUCUUUUUCUGUUGCAGGAGCCAUCCAGGAUACUACAUUACAUUUAGAUGUUAUGUCUCCUUAGGCCCCUUUAUUCCGGGACAAUUUCUCAGACUUUCUUUGUUGAUGAUCUUGACAGUUUUGAGGUAGUCAGGUAUUUGUAGAAUAUUCUUCAACUUGGGUUUGUCUGAUGUUUUUCUCAUGGUUAGACUGCAUUAUGGUUUUUGAGAGGAAUACAACGGAGAGGUAAAGUGGCCUUCUCAUCACUUCAUCUCAAAGGUACAUACUAUCAAUGUGACUUAUUACUGUUAGUGUUAAUCUUGAUAACCUAGCCGAGAUAGUGUUUAUCAGAUUUCUCCACUACAAAGUUAUUUUCCCCCUUUCCAUAUGUAAUUUUUGGAAGGAAGUCACUAUUCAGCUCACACUGGAGAAGUAGGAAGUUCUGCUCCAUAUCCUUGAGGGCAGAGUUCAUAAAUUAUUUGGAAUUCUUCUUCAUGGGAGAUUCAUCUAUUCUACCCCAUUUAUUAAUGUAUUCAAUUUUCUGGCACUACAAGAAUAUAUAUAUAUAUUUGUAAUCGACUUUAAAAUAAUUAGGAAAAUGAUAGAACAUUUUAAUAUAAGAGCAAGAUAUGGUAAAUGGAUGAAUAUUAUUAGACAUUAUCAGUAACAAGAGCUUUGUAUCUUAAGUUGUUUUGAGUUCAAUUUCUUGUUCACAUCUUACUUUUAGCUUGGUUGAGCUAAAAAAUCAUUAACCAUUGAUUUUUUUUGUAACCUUACAUAUAAUAUGUACAAUGAGAGAAUCAAUUAAUUUAGAAUUACAUACUCCUAAUUUAAAAAAGAAACUGGUGUACUUAUUGCUGAUAACUAGGAAUUAUAUUAUCAAAGGGCUGUUAAUUCAACAAAUUUACAUGCUAAAAGAGAAACAAAUUUAUAUGCUAAAAGAAAUUAAAAGGAAGCAAGAGACAUUCAAUUUGCUUUUGAUAUGCAGAUUUAAAAAUACUAGGUCCAUUUUAAUAGAUGAUAAAUCUCCAGUAUCACAAGGAUUAGGGAAAGCAAAAGACCUGAAAAGUAAUACCAGUUCUCAGUUCUCUAACUCUCAAAAGGCAUUCCACAGGUAAAUUCGGUGAAAGGGCCGGCAAUUGUUCAAAUGUUUAAAUAAGAAGAAGUUGUAGUUCUCACAUUUCCAGUUCUCUUACAGGUGUGUGUAUUUGGAAAGAUAAUACUCUCUAAUGUUGGUCUUUUCCAUUGUUCAGGUUUAUCCUGUUGUUAAGUAAUAAGCAGCAAUCCAAAUACAAACAUAUUGUACAACAGCUAUUAAUGAACAUCACCUGAGUUCAGUGUGCCUGACAGCUGACACUUAGUUAAUUUCUCCAUGAAACAAGAACAGUGAAACUUCCACAGAUGAGAAAACAGAAUCAUCAGUGGCACUGGGAUGUAAACCCAAGUACCUGCUUUGCAUUUCAUUUGCUCUGUUUUUCAGAACUACACUUUAUGACAUGAGAAAAACUGGUAUAAGCAGAAUGUUCCUACAUUUAGUUAAUAUCAGUUCUAAUUUAAUACAUAAAUGACUUGUUCAAAUACUUACUUAGACUCCAUGUAAGGGAGGAGAAAAGGGGAGAAAAUUAGAGUGGGGGAAGAUGAAUCAAAUCACAUUUGUAGACCACACUACAACAAUUGGAAGCUACUUAUCAUAUUUCCUAAGAUAAAGUUUUGUUGGAUCCUAAUAUGGGAAGGAUUUAAAAGAGAUUUAAAAAGGUAGGACAGCUAAUUUAAAAUCCCAAAAUUCUCAACCAAGUUGAUCUCAUUGGCAGAUGGUAGAUGAUCUGAAUGACUGUGAGCCUAGAAAGUUGAAAGUAAUUUCUUUAUUGAGAAAAUAAAGACAUGGUUCCUAAGGAAAAGGGCUAAAAAUGACCAUGUUUCAAGUACACUAGUGAAUAGCAAGUGAAACAAAAUGUCUUAAGCAUCUAUAUGUCUUAUCUUAGAUACAUACAACUAUUGUAGGAACAUUAUUUCUCUUAUCUCUCAGGAAACAUAUUUAGUUAUAAUAUGAAAAAAAAACUAAAAUUGAGCUUCUAAUAGAAAAUCAAACCCUAUCAGAAGAAGAGUUACGUGGAGUAAGCGAUUUUAUACCGAUGCUGACUUACUCUCCCUACCAUAAAAUUUGAUAAACAACAAACAUUUAUUAAGCACCUACCACAUGUCAAGAACUCUGCUAAAGACAUACAAAGAUGACUAAAAGAGUACCUGAGCUCCCAGUCUAGGGAUUACCACAAGGAAGAGUGACGGAUCAUGAGUGGAAGGGAGAUGAGUUAAUACAAAUGGAAAACAGGUUUCAUUGUAGGAAAAAGGAAAGUGAAUUAAUGCUUUCGAAAGAGACAUUAAAGUAGAUUUCUGGGCAAUAUGAAACUGAGAGUCAAUCUCGUCAGAUUCUGAAGGCAUCUGUAGAUAAGCUUCCCAAUGAAAAACAGGGCAGUGACAAUAGGACAACUAGAAGUAAGCUAUAAUUAUAGCAAAGAAGGCAAGAGCUAGCAUAAACUUGCCUAUUGUCAUUGUUGAAGUCAUAGAACUACUCCUUUCAACUACUCUUGUCAUCAGAGGCUUCCUGAUGCGAUCAUCUGUGGUGAGGAUAGCUUUUCGAGCCCCAUCCCACUUUCCAGGGCCCUGUACACGAUAGUGGAUUGGAGUGCAGGGUCCCAGUAAUAAGUGUAAUGCCAGCUUGGGGUCAGUGAAGGCCAGAGACAGCAGAUUGGGCCUGACCCCCACCAAAUCAGCAAGCUCUUCCAUGGUAUCUACGUAGUCUCCCUGAAUGGUAUGGCGUUGGCUCUCCACAUACCUAAAGUAGAAAAGACAGAAACCAUGGCCUGUCAAUAAUUCAAUCAGUCAGUCAAUCAAUUACUGCCUUCUGAGUGCCUGCUAUUGGCUCAAUAUCAGACUAGGAGCUGUGGAAUAUAGAGAAGAAAGAUAAAACAUUGGUCACUGUCCUUAAGGAUCUUAGGACUUACAAAAGGAGGUAAGACAGAUAAACAUGAAGCGAGACUUCUGAGUGGUUUCAGACUGCCAAAUAGAAAUGUGGAGAGGGGAUAGUUAAAAGAGAGCUGUAAUCGUUAGGUUCUUGAAGGAUGUGAAAGAUACAGAUAAGAUGAGGGGCAGGUAUAGCACAUCUAGAUACAAAGGACUCUGAUGUUAUGAGAAAGAGAAAACCCAUCACAAAAAUUCUCAAGUAUGGCAUCCUCUAUUAUUUGAUGAGGGCAGUGGUGACAGGGUCCACAAGGCAGGACUUCCCAGGGCCAAUGUUAAUUUGGAAUCCUGAAAGGAUGAGGGAGAAUGAUUUAUUCCACAAGAGGAAGUAGCCCUCCAAAUGGAGACAAAUGAAAUUAUUACACCAAGUGCAGAUUUAAAGAUUUAAAAGGGCUUUUUAAAGGGGAAAAUGUGGUUGAUUAACAGUGAUAUCUGUGUGGUGGAGUGGGAUUUGGUGAGCUAAUGAGUGACUUUCACUUUUUACUUUCUGUAAUGAAAAGAAAGAACUGUAGGACAGAGAGGAAGAGAAAAGCCAAGUCAAGCCAAUUGAGAUUGAAGAAUCCAAGAACAGGGACAGGAAAAAAAUGAUAGAAAAUAAAUUUGAGGUAGAACUGGUGAGAUGGAAUUUCAGAGGACCUGAUAGAGGGUCAAGUAGGAAUUUAUUGAAAUGGGACUAGAUUUAGGAGAGAAAAAGGUAAAACAGUAAAGAAUUUGAGAGCUUUCCCUUAUGAACAAUAUGUUGGCUCAAGAGUUUGUAGACAUGCAUUUAUUUAUCCUAUAAUAGUAGGUCAAGAUCUAUACUAUUCAUGAGGUUGGGCGUGGUGUUUCAUGCCUGUAAUCCUAGCACUUUGGGAGGCCGAGGCAGGCGGAUCACUUUGAGCUCAGGAGUUCGAGAUCAGCCUGGGCAACAUGGCGAAACCCCAUCUCUACAGAAAACACAAAAAUUAGCUGGGCAUUGUUAGUAUGCCUGUAGUCCCAGCUACUCAGGAGGCUGAGGCGGGAGAAUUGCUUGACUCCAGGAAGUGGAGGUUGCAGUGAGCCAAGAUCACACCACUUCACUCCAGCCUGGGUAACAGAGUGAGACCCCAUAUCAAAAAAAAAAAAAAAAAAGAGCUAUAGUAUUCAUGAAGGUUUCACAAAAGAGGUUCACUAGCUCCUGCCUUGAUUAUGCAGAUUAAAUAAACUCAUAUAAAACAAUGUAUACACAUAGUCGGCCUUUAAUAAAGGUUACAUGUAUACAUAUGUAACAAACCUGCACGUUGUACACAUGUACCCUAGAACUUAAAUAUAAAAUAAAUAAAUAAAUAAAUAUUUACUAUUUCAGAAGUUAAAAAAAAAAAGGUUACAUUAUAUCCUUGGGUUACUGACUACUCAGGGUCAGGAGGUGGUUAGACAAAAAUAAGUCAAAGAAAAGAGAGGAGGAAAGUUAAAAUAAGAUACUUUAGAGCCAGAAAAGAAAGCACUGCAAGAAGGAAGAAAUGUUUAAAAGCACCAAACUCAGUAGUGAGAAGAAGGAAAAUGAAGUUGGUCACAGGUGACCUUUAAGAGAGCAGUUUCCGGCCAUGCACGGUGGCUCAUGCCUGUAAUCCCAGCACUUUGGGAGGCUGAGGCGGGCAGAUCACAAGGUCAGGAGUUUGAGACCAGCCUGGCCAACAUGGAGAAAUCCCAUCUCUACUAAAAAUACAAAAAUUAGCUGGGUUUGGUGGUGGGCACCUGUAGUCCUAGCUACUCAGGAGGCUGAGGCAGGAGAAUCGCUUGAACCCAGGAGGCAGAGGUUGCAGUGAGCGAAGAUCGUGCCACUGACUCCAGCCUGAGUGACAGAGUGAGACUCCGUCUAAAAAAAAAAAAAAGGCAGUUUAAGGAGUAAGGAUGGAAGUUAACAAUGCAGAAGGCUUAGGGAGGCAGCAAAAGGUGAGAAUUUAGAAAAUUUAGUGCAGAGGUUUGGCAGUGAAAGGAAGGAGGAAAAUAGGAGAGCACCUGGAAGUUGUAACGGAAUUAAAUAAAAACUUACUUUCUCCUCCUCCCACACAAAGGAAAGUUAUGCAAGUAUCAUCAGUUGAAGAUAACCACCUCUUUAGGCCUGGAAUGAUUGUGUCUCAGUUUUCCACAGAAAUUUAGAGACUUACCAUCAAUUUCCACUUUGUCCAAAUAAAAAACACCCAGCGAUUGAGCUUAAGUUCUGAAAUUCAGACUGCUAAAUGAUUGUGUUCAUCAAAACACUAAGCAGCUGGCUGUUACCAUGUUCCCAGCUCACAGUGACUAUUCAUACCAUGAGCCACUGUGACUUGAGUGUGCUGUCACAUGAGCAUUGCCAGCAAAGCGGCCACUGCAGACUUGUAAAUCUACCUACAGAUUUGUAAUUCACCCAUAGCUACCUCUCAUUCAUUUACUGUCACUCUUCCUUCCUCUGGCAAGUCUACUAGCACUUCAAGUAAUCCUCACAAAAAUAAUAUACCUUCUGCCUUCUGAUUUUAUUUCCAUAUGCAUUUUCCUAUGUGACUUUUUUAGGCAUUAAACAUAUGAUUUUAGACACCUAAAACUUUUCUCUCUUUUCUUACCCAUAUUUAGACUACUAGUGCUAUUUCUCCAUUCUAUUGUCACAAAUUAUUUUUCCUUUUUUCUUCAUAAUAGAAUCUAAAUCCUUAAGCUAACAUGAGGCAGUUAAAUACAGUACAAUAUUUCUUUUAUUAAGAAAUAAGUAGAAAUGUAACCAUAUAUCUUCCUGAGAGAGUUUCUUACCUUCUGUCAAUUUCCUCUUGAGCUUUAGAUAUUUCUGCCAUCAUUUCACUCUGUGAGGGCAAUGUCUUUAGACCUAAAAACAAAAAUUAACAUUUUAACUGUAAAAUUACCUCAGAAGGAACAAUAAUCCUAUAAACAAUUACUAUGCUAUGGAGAAUUCAAAGAAAUACAGGGUAAGUUUCCUGUACUCAAGGAGGUUACAAUUCACUUGAUCACCUUACCACCACCACAAUAUAAUAUUAACAUCUGUAGCUUACUCUACUUAUUCUUCUUUGUCUUUGGAAGGGAUUUCCCCUACUCUGACUUCCAAGCAAUACCUGCCUCCUCCCUAAUGUAGUCUUUCAGUUGGGAAAUAAAAUAUGGACAUGAGAAAAUGGCCUUAAAGGUAUAUGGAAAAUUAGUUACAAAGUUAAAGGGCAGGGGAGUGGGAAAACACAGCUGCACCUGUAUUCUUGAUAACAAAGGGGCCUUAUAUCAACAGAAAGAGAAUGAAGUAAAAAUAAAUUCUUUUUGUUUUUAUUAUUAUACUUUAAGUUUUAGGGUACAUGUGCACAAUGUGCAGGUUUGUUACAUACGUAUACAUGUGCCAUGCUGGUGUGCUGCACCCCUUAACUCAUCAUUUAGCAUUAGGUAUAUCUCCUAAUGCUAUCCCUCCCCACUACCCCCACCCCACAACAGUUCCCGGAGUGUGAUGUUCCCCUUCCUGUGUCCAUCUGUUCUGAUUGUUCAAUUCCCACCUAUGAGUGAGAACAUGCGGUGUUUGGUUUUUUCUCCUUGUGAUAGUUUGCUGAGAAUGAUGGUUUCCAGUUUAAUCCAUGUCCCUACAAAGGACAUGAACUCUUCAUUUUUUAUGGCUGCAUAAUAUUCCAUGGUGUAUAUGUGCCACAUUUUCUUAAUCCAGUCUAUCGUUGUUGGACAUUUGGCUUGGUUCCAAGACUUUGCUAUUGUGAAUAGUGCCGCAAUAAACAUACGUGUGCAUGUGUCUUUAUAGCAGCAUGAUUUAUAAUCCUUUGGGUAUAUACCCAGUAAUGGGAUGGUUGGGUCAAAUGGUACUUCUAGAUCUAGAUUCCUGAGGAAUCGCCACACUGACUUCCACAAUGGUUGAACUAGUUUACAGUCCCACCAACAGUGUAAAAGUGUUCCUAUUUCUCCACAUCCUCUCCAGCACCUGUUGUUUCCUGACUUUUUAAUGAUCGCCAUUCUAACUGGUGUGAGAUGGUAUCCCAUUGUGGUUUUGAUUUGCAUUUCUCUGAUGGCCAGCAAUGAUGAGAAUUUUUUCAUGUAUUUUUUGGCUGCAUAAAUGUCUUCUUUUGAGAAGUGUCUGUUCAUAUCCUUUGCCCACUUUUUGAUGGGGUUGUUUGUUUUUUUCUUAUAAACUUGUUUGAGUUCAUUGUAGAUUCUGGAUAUUAGCCCUUUGUCAGAUGAGUAGGUUGUGAAAAUUUUUUCCCAUUUUGUUGGUUGCCUGUUCACUCUGAUGGUAGUUUCUUUUGCUGUGCAGAAGCUCUUUAGUUUAAUUAGAUCCCAUUUGUCAAUUUUGGCUUUUGUUGCCAUGGCUUUUGGUGUUUUAGACAUGAAGUCCUUGCCCAUGCCUAUGUCCUGAAUGGUAUUGCCUAGGUUUUCUUCUAGGGUUUUUAUGGUUUUAGGCCUAACAUAUAAGUCUUUAGUCCAUCUUGAAUUGAUUUUUGUAUAAGGUGUAAGGAAGGGAUCCAGUUUCAGCUUUCUACAUAUGGCUAGCCAGUUUUCCCAGCACCAUUUAUUAAAUAGGGAAUCCUUUCCCCAUUGCUUGUUUUGGUCAGGUUUGUCAAAGAUCAGAUGGUUGUAGACAUGCAGCAUUAUUUCUGAGGGCUCUGUCCUGUUCCAUUGAUCUAUAUCUCCGUUUUGGUACCAGUACCAUGCUGUUUUGGUUACUGUAGCCUUGUAGUAUAGUUUGAAGUCAGGUAGCAUGAUGCCUCCAGCUUUGUUCUUUUGGCUUAGGAUUGACUUGGCGAUGCAGGCUCUUUUUUGGUUCCAUAUGAACUUUAAAGUAGUUUUUUCCAAUUCUGUGAAGAAAGUCAUUGGUCACUUGAUGCGGAUGGCAUUGAAUCUAUAAAUUACCUUGGGCAGUAUGGCCAUUUUCACGAUAUUGAUUCUUCCUACCCAUGAGCAUGGAAUGUUCUUCCAUUUCUUUGUAUCCUCUUUUAUUUCAUUGAGCAGUGGUUUGUAGUUCUCCUUGAAGAGGUCCUUCACAUCCCUUGUAAGUUGGAUUCCUAGGUAUUUGAUUCUCUUUGAAGCAAUUGUGAAUGGGAGUUCACUCAUGAUUUGGGUCUCUGUUUGUCUGUUGUUGGUGUAUAAGAAUGCUUGUGAUUUUUGUACAUUGAUUUUGUAUCCUGAGACUUUGCUGAAGUUGCUUAUCAGCUUAAGGAGAUUUUGGGCUGAGACGAUGGGGUUUUCUAGAUAUACAAUCAUGUCGUCUGCAAACAGGGACAAUUUGACUUCCUCUUUUCCUAAUUGAAUACCCUUAUUUCCUUCUCCUGCCUAAUUGCCCUGGCCAGAAUAUCCAACACUCUGUUGAAUAGGAGUGGUGAGAGAGGGCAUCCCUAUCUUGUGCCAGUUUUCAAAGGGAAUGCUUCCAGUUUUUGACCAUUCAGUAUGAUAUUGGCUGUGGGUUUGUCAUAGAUAGCUCUUAUUAUUUUCAGAUACAUCCCAUCGAUACCUAAUUUAUUGAGAGUUUUUAGCAUGAAGGGUUGUUGAAUUCUGUCAAAGGCCUUUUUUUCAUCUAUUGAGAUAAUCAUGUGGUUUUUGUCAUUGGUUCUGUUUAUAUGCUGGAUUACAUUUAUUGAUUUGUGUAUGUUGAACCAGCCUUGCAUCCCAGGGAUGAAGCCCACUUGAUCAUGGCAGAUAAGCUUUUUGAUGAGCUGCUGGAUUCAGUUUGCCAGUAUUUUAUUGAGGAUUUUUGCAUCAAUGUUCAUCAAGGAUAUUGGUCUAAAAUUCUUUUUUGUUUUGUCUCUGCCAGGCUUUGGUAUCAGGAUGAUGCCGACCUCAUAAAAUGAGUUAGGGAGGAUUCCCUCUUUUUCUAUUGAUUGGAAUAGUUUCAGAAGGAAUGGUACCAGCUCCUCUUUGUACCUCUGGUAGAAUUCGGCUGUGAAUCCAUCUGGUCCUGGACCCUUUUUGGUUGUUAAGCUAUUGAUUAUUGCCACAAUUUCAGAUCCUGUUAUUGGUCUAUUCAGAGAUUCAGCUUCUUCCUGGUUUAGUCUUGGGAGGGUGUAUGUGUUGAGGAAUUUAUCCAUUUCUUCUAGAUUUUCUAGUUUAUUUGUGUAGAAGUGUUUAUAGUAUUCUCUGAUGGUAGUUUGUAUUUCUGUGGGAUCGGUGGUGAUAUCCCCUUUAUCAUUUUUAUUGCAUCUAUUUGAUUCUUCUCUUUUCUUCUUUAUUAGUCUUGCUAGCAGUUUAUCAAUUUUGUUGAUCCUUUCAAAAAACCAGCUCCUGGAUUCAUUAAUUUUUUGAAGGGUUUUUUGUGACUCAAUUUCCUUCAGUUCUGCUCUGAUUUUAGUUAUUUCUUGCCUUCUGCUCGCUUUUGAAUGUGUUUGCUCUUGCUUUUCUAGUUCUUUUAAUUGUGAUGUUAGGGUGUCAAUUUUGGAUCUUUCCUGCUUUCUCUUGUGGGCAUUUAGUGCUAUAAAUUUCCCUCUACACACUGCUUUAAAUGUGUUCCAGAGAUUCUGGUAUGUUGUGUCUUUGUUCCCAUUGGUUUCAAAGAACAUCUUUAUUUCUGCCUUCGUUUCGUUAUGUACCCAGUAGUCAUUCAGGAGCAGGUUGUUCAGUUUCCAUGUAGUUGAGUGGUUUUGAGUGAGUUUCUUAGUCCUGAGUUCUAGUUUCAUUGCACUGUGGUCUGAGAGACAGUUUGUUAUAAUUUCUGUUCUUUUACAUUUGCUGAGGAGUGCUUUACUUCCAACUAUGUGAUCAAUUUUGCAAUAGGUGUGGUGUGGUGCUGAAAAAAAUGUAUAUUCCGUUGAUUUGGGGUGGAGAGUUCUGUAGAUGUCUAUUAGGUCUGCUUGGUGCAGAGCUGAGUUCAAUUCCUGGGUAUCCUUCUUAACCUUCUGUCUCGUUGAUCUGUCUAAUGUUGACAGUGGGGUGUUAAAGUCUCCCAUUAUUAUUGCGUGGGAGUCUAAGUCUCUUUGUAGGUCACUAAGGACUUGCUUUAUGAAUCUGGGUGCUCCUGUAUUGGGUGCAUAUAUAUUUAGGAUAAUUAGGUCUUCUUGUUGAAUUGAUCCCUUUACCAUUAUUUAAUGGCCUUCUUUGUCUCUUUAGAUCUUUGCUGGUUUAAAGUCUGUUUUAUCAGAGACUAGGAUUCCAACCCCUGCCUUUUUUUGUUUUCCAUUUGCUUGGUAGAUCUUCCUCCAUCCCUGUAUUUUGAGCCUAUGUGUGUCUCUGCACAUGAGAUGGGUUUCCUGAAUACAGCACACUGUUGGGUCUUGACUCUUUAUCCAAUUUGCCAGUCUGUGUCUUUUAAUUGGAGCAUUUAGCCCAUUUACAUUUAAAGUUAAUAUUGUUAUGUGUGAAUUUGGUUCUGUGAUUAUGAUGUUAGCUGGUUAUUUUGCUUGUUAGUUGAUGCAGUUUCUUCCUAGCCUUGACAGUCUUUACAUUUUGGCAUGUUUUUGCAGUGGCUGGUACCGGUUGUUCCUUUCCAUGUUUAGUGCUUCCUUCAGGAGCUCUUUUAGGGCAGGCCUGGUGGUCACAAAAUCUCUCAGCAUUUGUUUGUCUGUAAAGUAUUUUAUUUCUCCUUCACUUAUGAAGCUUAGUUUGGCUGGAUAUGAAAUUCUGGGUUGAAAAUUCUUUUCUUUAAGAAUGUUGAAUAUUGGCCCCCACUCUCUUCUGGCUUGUAGAGUUACUGCUGAGAGAUCUGCUGUUAGUCUGAUGGGCUUCCCUUUGUGGGUAACCCGACCUUUCUCUCUGGCUGCCCUUAACAUUUUUUCCUUCAUUUCAACUUUGGUGAAUCUGACAAUUAUGUGUCUUGGAGUUGCUCUUCUCGAGGAGUAUCUUUGUGGCGUUCUCUGUAUUUCCUGAAUCUGAAUGUUGGCCUGCCUUGCUAGAUUAGGGAAGUUCUCCUGGAUAAUAUCCUGCAGAGUGUUUUCCAACUUGGUUCCAUUCUCCCCGUCACUUUCAGGUUCACCAAUCCGACGUAGAUUUGGUCUUUUCACAUAGUCCCAUAUUCCUUGGAUGCUUUGUUCGUUUCUUUUUAUUCUUUUUUCUCUAAACUUCCCUUCUCACUUCAUUUCAUUCCUUUCGUCUUCCAUCACUGAUAUCCUACCAAACCCAGCUAAUUUUUUUUUGUAGUUUUAGUAGAGACGAGGUUUCACCAUAUUGGUCAGGCUGGUCUCGAACUCCUGACCUCAGAUGAUCCACCCGUCUCUGCAUCCCAAGGUGCUGGGAUUACAGGCAUGAGCCACCACGCCCAGCCAAAAUAAAUCUUAAUCACAUUUUAUGCCUAAAGUCCUGUGGAAGAUAAGCCUCAUUUUCUAAACAUGUUUCUUUGAUAAGAGUAGGGGUUAAGGCCAAGGGGAACUCAUAAUACCUAAUAUUAACUGAUAAAUUUAAGUAAGAUGCACAAACAGUUCCAGUUGUAGGAAUUAUACACCAAGGACAGGGCUAGACUAAGGCUUAAUAGUAUUUAAGUCAGUAUGAACAAUGCUAAGCUUAAACAAUUAGUUGUAUGCCCCUAUAACUAGGGACUAUGCCAUGUAGAAGAUUUUGGCCACAUCCAGUCCUAAGGUGUCACUCCAUAAAAUUGUGGAAUAUGGAAUUUCAGAAUGGCAAUAUAUUUUACCUGAUACAAGCAUUCUUUCUACAAGUACUCUAACCUAGUGGUUAUCUCAUUCCUCUUUAAACAUCACUGGUGAUGGGUAUCUACAAUAAUUAUAUCUGAGGUGAUUAUAUAAUUAUUUGACUGCUCUGGCUGCCGGAACAUUAUUGUUUUUAUUGACCCCAAGAUCUGACUCUUUGCAUUUGCACCACUGGACCAAGCUCUGCUUUCUGGAGCCACAGAGUUUAAUGUUAAUACAUGACAGCUCUUGAAACAUUUGGAAAUGAUUGUCAUAACUCCUUUAAGUCUUCUCAUUAUCAGGCUAAACAGUACAUGUUUCCCACAUAAUGGUUUUCACAUUCUCUGCCAUCUUGGUUGCCCUUCACUAAGCAUACUCUAAUAACUAUCCUGGUGUAUCCCUCUUAAAAUAUGGAACUCAGAACUUCAUCACUCUCAAAUAGCCUUCUGUUGUUUUCCAUGUGUUUUUACAUUUUAGCCAUGGGAAUUAUUAUUUAUCGUCAUAAAUCAAUUAGGAAACACUGAAAUGCUUCAUUUAAGCUUAAUCAUAGGUCUCUUCGGAUACUCAAAAUAAGCAUUUUGAGAGUCAAUUUCCAAAUUACUUCUACACAACCACAAGUUUUACUUCUAUUAGCUAGAAACAUGAAGGAGGAGGUAUAUUUCUUGAUUGUGGGAGACACCUAAUUCAUAAAAGAAAGAAAAAAACAACAAAAAACCCUAUCUAUUUCCCUAUCUGUCUAUAUAUAGAUAGAUAAAGAGGUAUAUACAUCUUAGUCUAGAGCUCAUGGGGUGAAAAAAUUUUUAAAAAUUUUAAAAUUUUAAAAAGAUGUAUAUAUCUUUUUACGUGUAUACUCUGUGGUACAGUUAUGUCUUAAUUCAUAAAUUUUGUUUUUGCAGUGUUUCCUUAUUUAGACACAUUAGCUUUACCAUAUUUCUUAUCUCCCUCCAUGUCUUUGCUCCCUGUCUUAGUUUCCCAAUUCCAAUGAAUGGCCUCAACACCUGAACAGAUUCUUUUCUGUCUCUCUUCUCCAACAUGCUUUCUGUCACCAAAUUCUUAGAUUUGCCUGUGAAAUUUCAUUUAAGUCUGGCUCCUCCAAUUCCUUUAGAGUGUCAUUACCUUGGUUUAAAGCUCUCAUGCUGUCUUACUGAGACUUUUACCACAGGCUCGUACUGACCUAUUUCCCAUUUCACUCCUCUCUAACAUAUCUUCUAAACUGGAGAUCUGAUUUGACUCCUCUUCCAGUUAAAAUCCUUCAGUGGUUCUCCACCUUGUACCUUAAAUGCAAACUCUUGAUAUUGCCUGUGAAUAUUUCUAGUUUCAUUUUCCUUCAUUCCUAUAACACUACCAGCAUUCUGAACUACUUGCAGUUCCCAGAACUCUAUUUGUUCUGUCACUUUCAUCUAACUUUGCAUAAACAGUAGUGAUUAUUUCCCCUCUAUGGUCAAUAUUUCCUUGUCCUUUUAGUAAAUUCCUAUGUAGUUGUAGGGAGAAUUGGGUACUUAUUGCUCACUGCUCUCAUGGCAGCUCUUCUGCAUUGCUACUGGAGCACUUGUUUAGGAUAUAAAUAUCUGCUGAAUGAACAAAUCAUUAAGCGUCUGUUUACUUGUCUGUCUUUGAUACGGUUUGGCUGUGUCCCCACCCAAAUCUUAUCUUGAAUUUUGGGUCCCACAAUCCCCAUGUGUCAUGGGAGGGGCCUGGUGGGAGGUGAUUUAAUCAUGGGGUGGUUACUCUCAUACUGCUCAUGCUGUUCUCAUGAUACUGAGUGAGUUCUCACGAGAUCUGAUGGUUUUAUACGGGGCUUUCCCUUUCACUCAGCACUCAUUCUCUCUCCUGCCACCCUGUGAAGAAGUUCCUUCUGCCAAGAUUGUAAGUUUCCUGAGGCCUCCCCAGCCAUGCAGAACUGCUGGUGCCUCUGCCGAGAUCACCCUUUUAUUCCUUAUUUGGUAGACUCCUACUCAUCCUUCAAGACUCAGCUUUAAGAAAACUUUAUCUUCAUUAAGAAAACUUCCCUGGAACCUGAUAUUUCAUGUCCUGAUGGGUUCAACAUCUUUCCUCUGAGCUGCAACGUAUAGAUCUCUAGCAUUUGUCCCCAUGUAACUCUCUAUUUUUAUUAAUUAUAUUUAUAAUAAAAUUUUUCUUCAUUUUUAUCCCCUUAA